CACCACAUCAAACUGCUCCAUGCUCACAUCCAGAUGGCCGCCGCGGUCGCCAUGGCCGUCAGGCGGCUGUUUACGCUUGCCGCCUUGGCUGCCUGCGGCAGCCGCCGCGGCAGCACUCGAGCUCAUCGCGCCAGCUUCGGUCGUCUUUCGUCUUGUUUCACAGACCUUCAGCCACUCGAGGUGCUGGCAAGGAAACGUAUCAAUCACACGCCGUGGUUGUCCUGUCCUGCGUGUGUGUCAGGAGGGUCAGUCGUUGCCCACACUGCCCGAGUCAUGCUUCAGCGGCCACAUCAGCCCCUUCCUCGGCACACAGACCAUCAUCACCAGGCUGGCGCUCACUGCCCCGUCCCUCAGCGUCCUCUCCCGCAAGCCGACCAUGCACACCACGCUGCGCCUCGGCAAGGACUUUGGCGACGAGAUCGAGAUGACCAAGCAGCAGGUCCGUGUGUGGGGUGCAGCAUUUCGCAAGACCAAGCACGCGACGAUGGUGUGUGCGCCGACCACUGGUGUGGUCAAGCUGCUCGAGCAUGCGUGCGGCACACUGGAGGAGCUGCACGCGUGGUCGCGUACCACUGGGUGCCUGUACAAUGACGGCCCGCUCGACCUGGAGGUGCGGAAGGAGCCCAUCUUCUCGUUCUCGUGGGAGCCACGGGGACGUUACGAGAGCACCUUUCCCAAGCUGCGGUGCGUAUGGGUAGCCGAGUGGUGGCUGUCCGUCGCCAACAAACGCAACUGGAAGCUACCGUAAGCGACUCAGUGAGGGAGGGAUUGGUCGCUCGGAUGUCAGGGAUGUGCGUGCAUCAUGUCAGGGCGCUGGUUGACGUGCACCUACGCGAUCGAGAGGCCUGCUACCCCAUCGCGCAGAUCUGCGAGAUAGACUACGGGAUGUGUUCCGGCGACAACGGCUGGCGGUGCACCAAGUGGCUGUCAGGCCCAGGGCCGCACACCCUGACGCUCGAGACGGACACGUCAAGGGGGUGGGAGCUCACCAACCUCUGCGACAUGUUGGUGCCAUCCAUCAAGUGAGGGGCAGCGAAUAUGGGUGCGUGUACGUGUGUGUGGAUGUGGAUGUGUCGCGUGUGCGCUACGCAGGCGGCUCAAGGGCGUGAGGUGGUUUUUGCUAUGCCGUGACACCCACACGGCCGUGAAGAUCGACAUGAAGAUCGCCGAGAUGGCCGAGAGGGGGCUGCAGCUGGAGGAGCUCGACGUCAUCCUCACUCCGAUCCAUUCCACAACGCUGCAGGUGUGUACAUGAGAUGAGCUAGCGCAAAGCAAAGAGAGGACCUCACCUGAUGCCAUGUCCUCCGUGUGCGUAUGUCUGCCAUCCGUCAGGAUUUCGGCAGGCUCGACAAGUUUCUGUCCACCUGUGUGGCGCCCAACGGCAGCAUCAACAUCACGUGCACACCGGACAUGAUCUUCCGUACGACUGAGCACCUGGAGCUGCUAGCAGACCACCCGUCGUGGGCUGGCAUGCUCACACAAUUCGCCUCUGCCGCCAAGGGUGUCAAGCUUCCUUCUGGGGUGGCUCAGGGGGAGGCAGUGCCGACUGUUGUGCUGUAUCGGCUGCCUCAGAUAGUGUUUUCGAAUGCUGAGACCCUGUACCUGGGGGCUGGCUCCGAGCCGCCCCCUGCGGCGCUUUUGUCGCACAUAUCCGAUCGCUCUUUCCCUCAUGUGACCACACUCGAUCUGGGGCAGGCAGCAGCGGGGGUGAGAGAGGACGCAGUCAGGCGGGCCACCGACCUCAGAUCGCUGCGGCAGGUGGGUUUUGAGAUCGUUGCGCCGCUGCCGGCUGUGCCGUUUUUGUUCCCGCUGUGCCUCGGUGCGUGCAGCCAGACAGGCCACCUGCUGCACGUGAAAGCCGAGUGCCGGUACACCGAUGUGAGCCUCGACCGUGUGUGGUCGCUGUGGGGGGCUGGGGGAGGGGGCGGGGGCGGGGCAGGGGGUCAGAGAGGCAUUGAGAAGCGAGUCCAAGAGAUCAGUAUAGAGGUAUACAUGUCGAGCCCUGGAGUGUCAGGCAUCUUAUCGGUGUGUCUGGAGGCCAUCGACAAGUGCCCUUUUCUCGACGCCAUCGCUCUCCGCCACUCAAUCCUCUGCUCAGUCAAUCGGCUAGAAAGCGACCUUGACGCAGUCAGAGGCAGGCUGCUGGUGCGUGGCUUCGUAGCUGGGCAGGUCGACCUCGAUUCUCACAGUCGGUCCUGUAGGAGUGCCGAGCUGUGUCGCGUCUUUGGCUGCCUCUUCCCUCGUUGUCUGCGCGACCACAUGUCGAUGGCAUCUCUAGAGGGGGCGUGCACGUCGCGUUUCUCUAUGGAUGACACCGUGUCGCUGCCGGAGGCCAUUUUGGCCCAUGAUCUCGGCCUGCGUUUCCCCCGGUGUGUUUCUCGCCAAAUGCACAAGGAGUGGGAGGAAGUCAUGACACAGGGGAUACGCUCGGAGUGGCCUCAGCUGCGCAGCGAAGCUAGGCGCAAGAGAGGCCUGCCUGUCAAGUGAUGGCCAUACCUAGCUGGCUGAAGUCUGGCUGUCUCGUUUUUGAUUUCGAGAGCGACCACGGUGGGUGGAUGGGUGCAUCUGUGCACGGCCGAGCCAGCGACAUACAUGCAAAUGCAUUUGCACGUAUGUAUGUCGUUGAAUCGGCCGUCACAGUUUGGUCGUGUGUUUGCUGACGGAAGGAGUGGCCCCAUAUGUGUAUGCGUAGAGGCAGGUACAGUAGGGAUACGCGUGAUCGACUGGCUAUGUAUGCAGCAGAGAGUGAUUGGAUGGAUGGAUGGAUGGAUUACUUGUCGCCGGACCGGACCGGACCGGACAGGGGGGCGUCAGUCAGUCAGUUUGUCGCAGAUCGAGGGAAGGACCACAGCGUGGCGUGCGGUGGUGGCGCGGCUGCACGCGUUGUGUACAGAUACAUACAUACAUGGUACCUACGUGUACAUGAUAUAUACAUAUAUAUACACACACACACACCACACUGUCUGUCUGCCUGCCUGCCUGCCUGGGUGUCUGGGUGUGUGAGUGAGUGAGUGAGUGGUUUCAUUGCAUGGUGUCGACAUGAACGGAUCUCUCGCAACUCAAUGUCGUUCGGAACUGAAUGAGUGUGGUGGAACACAGUUCAUUGUCGUGUCUACAUGCGCCAUCUCCGGUACCAAUGCACGCUGUUGUGUCCCGGAUACGUACGUAUGUCGGGCGGCUUUUGAGCAUACACAUAGCGAGAGAGCCCACUCACUGCAUUCGGCUGCCUGAGUGCGCGUUGUCUCUGCUGCUGAGGCACACAUAUCUUGGCCGUGUGCACUCGCACUUGUGUAUAUAUCCAUCUGUCUAUCUGCAAACCACUGACUGACGGCGUGUUGGGGAAUCUCUGGUUGGCUGCAUGCAUACCAUGCAUAUCUCUCUGCGUCCGCCAUUUGAUGUAUGACUUGAGAGGAGGCCUGUGACAGUCGGCCGCUGAGAGGCCGUGUGUGUCUCGUUCACGUGCGUGUGAGGGUUCUCAUGUACACGCUGCCUGCGAUAAUGCGUGUGUGCGUGAGUGCGCGGUGAGCGAUUGACUGAUGAGUGCUGGCCCUGACCGAUUGACCGUGAGAUGCCACGUUGUUGACCAUGCGACGAGUCCGUCAGCAUACGACACACAGAAUUGUGAGUGCAGGAGCUCUGCAAUGCCACUCUACCGUCACUCAUGC